GCGGGAAAAUAGAAAGAGCUCGCGUCGAGUGUUUGUUAUGAAGAUGUUUAUAAACACAGAUAAGAAACAUAACAUCUAAAAAGCCUUUUUUUUGUUUUUAUCUCAAACGUUUUAAACUAACCAACACUUUCGAGUAAUGGUAGUUCGUGUUGAAGGUGUAACUGGCUGCUUUGGCUGGGCUUAGGGUUGUGACCGUUAGGACUUUAAACUUUACAUUAUGAAGCACGAGUCAUUCUCCAGAUGUGUGGAUCGAGAUUCAAAACUGGAACAAAAUGCUGCAUCAUCUAAAAGCAUCGUAAAAUCAACAUGUGCUGUUCUACAAAACAAACCAUUCAAAGGAAGAAUAUUUUACAUUGAUUUGCCAUGGAAUAAGAGGACACAAACCUUAGAAAGUGACAUUAAAAGUCUUGGUGGGACCGUGGAGAGGUUCUUCAGUAAGGAGAUCAAGUAUCUGGUGUCCAGCAAGCCAGAGGCUCGAUAUGCUCAGCGUCUGCUGCCGGACUCUCCAGCUCCCAGCCCAGAUUCAGGGGUCAGCUCUCCUCAUCCCAGCAGCAAGAGGGACAGCCAUGUACACAGGGGCAGCUCCCAGGGACCCACAGAUACGGCGACUGUAAGUCGAGGAAAAUCACUUGUGGAGAGGGUAGUUAAGGAACAAUCUCAGGAACGCAUUCAGAUGAAUGGAAUCUUGGCCAAUGCUUUGGAAUGGGGGGUCAAAGUCCUGCAUGUUGAUGAUGUUAUUUCCUACAUUGAAAAAAGGAAGGCAAAAACCAUUUCAGCAAAAAAAGUGGAACCAGUCAUAAAAGGACCUGUUAAAAUCAAACCCCCAGAGAAAAGUACAUUUCUGAGAAACCGUGCUGGAAGAAUUAGUCGACCGUUUGUGAAAGUGGAAGAUUCAAGCAGACAUUAUCGACCCAUCUACCUCCCUAUGACCAACAUGCCUAUAUGCAACCUACAAUCUGCUCCACCCUGUAGUCCCUUUCUGAUGGAGCAACAUGGGAAAGAUGAUGCAAAGAAGAAACUGAAAGAGGAGAGGUCUGGUGGUGACCGUGGAGCUAGGGGAAAGAAAGAUAGACGAAGAGGACAAGAUGGGAGAGAGAAAAGGAAAGGAGGAUACUGCGAGUGUUGUGAGGUCAAAUUCGACAACCUAAAGGCGCACCUAGAUGGCACACAACAUCAGACUUUCUCUAAGAGCGAGGAGUAUGCAGUUGUGGAUCGUGUCAUCGCGGAACUCACCUGUGAUCUCACUGACAUCAGCACACACUCCAAAAGGGUGAAAUGUAGUGUUUCCACCCCCCUUCUGCAUGCAGAAACCAUACAUGUGGUGAAGGAAGAUAUUGUAGCUCUGGCUGGUCAUGGGAAGCCAAAAAGCGAGGGCUUUUUACAUUUGGACUCUACAGCCAUACAGUCUCUGUCAGACCAAGCCAGAGAAAAAUCUCUACUUGUUCGGAAACGCAGCAGGGGCCAAUAUGAUUUCCCGUGGAGCAACAGGGACAGCUUAUUGGACCCUUUUGAUCUGGAGAAAUCCCAAUCCAAGCGUGGAUCUUUUGAGUUGGAAUUCCGCUCGCAAUCUGUUGUACGGACAUAUGAGCGUAGAUCUUUACUCAGCGGAGAGAAGAAAUGCGCCUCCUAUACGCUUGAAUAUAGGACAGACCACGACAUGAACCCAGGUCAACACUUCAGUGAUGGAAAUGUAGAAUCUAUACCAGGAAGAGAGUGCUUCAGGACUAACUUCAGUGACAUGUACACAAACAGCGUGCUGGAAAAUCGGGCUGAAAAUUCAACUUUUUGGCCUCAAGCCAGUACAGAACCUGAACCAAACCUGGACAGCCCCUGUAGUUCACUGCGGCGUAAGGUUCGAAAUGUCAGACCAAGGAGAAAGGAAAGACCAAACCUACACAUCCAGUCCAGUAAAGAGAGAGUAUCUUUGAGCUCUCUGUCACCCGUUAGAGUUGUACAGCAGCGUGAGAAUACAUCUGUGUGUACCCUGGACCUGUGGCAGCUAUUCCAGUCCAGUGACGACAUGGAUGAAGACUUUAAAGGUUUUUCAGAUCAAAAACCAGAUGGUACAGGUAUAAAUGGAACAGGUAAAAACUAGAGGAAGGACAAAUGGAAGUAUGCAUAGAGCACGUAGAGUGUGUUCUAAAAGUUAUGAAUACACCAGUUAAUAUAUAAAUAUUCAUAGAUUUGUUUUCUUUAAUCAGUAGGAUGAAAAAUGGUCUCGUGACCAUACUGGCUUUAAAAGAAACUCUUUAUUAUAAACUGGAAAAAGCAUACUUGAUAAUACCUACUGAUUAAAAAACACACAAUGUUUGUUAAUUGCAUUUUUACAUUUAUAUUGUGUAUGUAACUGAAUCACAUAAUGGCAUGAAGCUUAUAUGAUUUUCUGGCUUCUGUAAUAAAUUGCAAGUAUUUU